GGCUGGGAAGCGGCGCCAUAUUGGCGUCGGCCGCGCUGUAUUGUCAUAAAUAGAGCCGGUUUUCUGGUGUUUUCACUACUCGGUUGGAUGCCUCGGCCGUAGUAAGUGAGAGAGUGAGCGAGCAAGCGAGCUACAAGCGAGCGGAGGAAAGUGGACAGGAGGAGAAGGGAAGAGCAAGAACAGCACUCCAGAGCGAAAGACUCGCCGGUGAGGGAGGCGCAGGAAGCGAUGAAAGAGAUGUCUGCAAACACCAUGCUGGACAGCCAGCGUCAACAAAAGCAUUAUGGAAUCACCUCUCCAAUUAGCUUGGCAUGUCCGAAAGAAAUUGAUCAUAUUUACACACAGAAAUUAAUUGAUGCCAUGAAACCAUUUGGAGUGUUUGAAGAUGAGGAAGAAUUGAACCACAGGCUGGUUGUUCUUGGUAAACUGAACAAUUUAGUAAAAGAAUGGAUUUCUGAGGUCAGUGAGAGUAAGAAUCUCCCACCUUCUGUUGUGGCUACUGUUGGUGGAAAAAUUUUCACCUUUGGCUCCUAUAGGCUUGGAGUACACACCAAAGGAGCUGACAUUGAUGCACUUUGUGUUGCUCCAAGACAUGUGGAGAGAUCUGAUUUUUUUCAGUCUUUUUUUGAAAAAUUGAAACAUCAAGAUGGCAUUAGAAACUUAAGAGCUGUAGAAGAUGCCUUUGUUCCUGUUAUAAAAUUUGAAUUUGAUGGAAUUGAAAUUGAUCUAGUCUUUGCAAGACUGGCAAUACAAACCAUAUCAGAUAAUUUAGAUCUAAGAGACGACUCUCGACUGAGAAGCCUUGAUAUAAGGUGUAUUCGCAGCCUAAAUGGGUGUAGAGUUACUGAUGAAAUUUUGCAUUUAGUGCCAAAUAAAGAAACUUUCAGACUCACCCUAAGAGCAGUCAAACUAUGGGCAAAACGACGUGGUAUUUAUUCCAACAUGUUGGGAUUCCUUGGUGGUGUCUCCUGGGCAAUGCUAGUUGCAAGAACUUGCCAAUUAUAUCCAAAUGCAGCAGCUUCUACUUUAGUUCAUAAGUUCUUCUUAGUUUUUUCCAAGUGGGAAUGGCCAAAUCCUGUGCUGCUAAAGCAACCAGAAGAAAGCAAUUUGAAUUUGCCAGUUUGGGAUCCUCGGGUAAAUCCAUCAGAUAGGUAUCAUCUCAUGCCCAUAAUCACCCCUGCCUACCCACAACAGAAUUCUACGUAUAAUGUGUCCACAUCAACUCGAACAGUAAUGGUAGAAGAAUUUAAACAAGGUCUUGCAGUCACAGAUGAAAUUCUUCAAGGGAAAUCAGAUUGGUCCAAACUCCUUGAGCCACCAAAUUUUUUCCAAAAGUAUCGACAUUAUAUAGUAUUGACUGCCAGUGCAUCAACAGAAGAAAAUCAUCUAGAGUGGGUUGGAUUAGUAGAAUCUAAAAUACGUGUACUUGUUGGAAAUUUGGAACGGAAUGAAUUUAUUACUCUUGCCCAUGUAAAUCCCCAGUCAUUCCCAGGAAAUAAGGAACAUCAUAAAGACAACAAUUACGUAUCAAUGUGGUUCCUUGGAAUAAUUUUUCGGAGAGUAGAAAAUGCAGAAAGUGUUAAUAUAGACUUGACAUAUGAUAUACAGUCAUUUACUGAUACAGUGUACAGACAGGCAAACAAUAUAAACAUGCUAAAGGAGGGAAUGAAAAUUGAAGCAACUCAUGUUAAAAAAAAACAACUUCAUCACUACCUUCCCGCAGAGAUUCUUCAGAAGAAGAAAAAGCAAAGUCUUUCUGAUGUCAGUCGAAGUUCAAGUGGACCUCAAUCCAAAAGAUCAUCUCUGGAUAGCAAUUGUUUGGAUAGCUCCAGAGACACUGAUAAUGGAACACCUUUUAAUUCCCCAGUGUCUACAAACAAGCCUUCCAAGCCUGAUAUUCCUCCUUCAGGAGAGACAGAAAGGAAUAAUGCUGAGCCUGCUGCUGUAGUUGUGGAAAAGCCACUGACUGUCCCUCCAGCUCAAGGGCUGUCUAUUCCCGUCAUUGGUGCAAAAGUUGACUCUGCAGUAAAAGCUGUAUCACCUCCAGCUGUGUGUACCAUUCCUACUGUAGUAGGACGAAAUGUCAUUCCUAGAAUCACAACACCCCACAACCCUGCCCAGGGGCAGCCACAUCUAAAUGGAAUGUCAAAUAUAACUAAGAAUGUUGCCACCAAAAGAUCCCACUCCCCAUCCAUAGAUGGGUCUUCUAAGAGGUUGAAAGACAUAGAAAAGUUUAUUCGACUUGAAUCAACGUUUAAGGAAUCACGUGCUGCUGAAGACAGAAAAAGAAAAUCAGUGGAUGCCAUUGGAGGAGAAUGUAUGCCUAUUCCAACUAUUGAUACAUCACGCAAAAAGAGACUGCCCAGUAAAGAACUACCAGAUUCAUCAUCUCCAGUUCCAGCAAAUAACAUCCGUGUCAUCAAAAAUUCCAUUCGACUGACCCUAAAUCGAUGCUGUAGCAUUCUCUCAUUGAUUGCUACAUACAAUUCUCUGAGGAUCACCUGCUAUCAAAUUAUCAUCUACAAUAUUAUGGCUUUGCGUUGGAGGUUUUACUGCCUUAACUUUCGAUGCUUGUUUCUCUGUUGUGGGAACCAGUUCUUGGCUCUCUGGACACUGAUAAAACAAGUCCUGAACACCGCCCCCCUCUUCUUUUUAAGUCUUAUGUUGUAAUCAUUGUAUAGAACUAAAAAAGUUGAAAACAAAAAAUAAAACAAAAAAUGUAAUUUUCCAAAUGUUAACACAUUUACUUUAGCAUUGAAGCCACUUUGUGAAACCUGAGAUAAAUGAAUGUGAGGUAUCUUCUCUGCUUUCCUCAUUUGUGUAGAUGUACUUAUUGUCUGUUCUGUUGAUUUAAAUUAUUUUUUCUCAGAUUGGCA